CAGGGGGACCCGAGCAACGAGAAAGACCUUGGUUGAGCCAACGUGGGAUUUUCUUCUCUGACAAUAGAUUGGAUCAUGUUUUCAAAGGUGAAUCAUUGUCUGAUAUGAAUUAUGUCCAAUCAUUCUUCCCUGGUGAGUGAGUUCAUCUUUGCUGGGUUUUCUGAACUGCCACAAUUGCGGAUGGUCCUCUUUGUUCUGGUUUUUUUCAUGUAUGCCAUGUCACUCGCUGGAAAUAUUGUCAUCACUACGGUGAUCAGGCUCAAUCCGGUCCUUCAUACACCCAUGUACUUUUUCUUGACUAACCUUUCUCUCUUAGAAAUAUGCUACACAACUGCCAUUGUUCCUAAGAUGCUAGCAAGCCUGAUGUCAGAGCAUGGGAAGAAGAUAGCUCUCUGGGGCUGUGCUACCCAGAUGUAUUUCUUCACCCUGUUUGGAAUUGCAGAAUGCUGUCUCCUUGCAGCCAUGGCCUAUGACCGCUAUGUGGCCAUCUGUAACCCCUUGCGUUAUAGCAUCAUCAUGAGCCCAGCUGUCUGUGUCCAGCUCUCAGUAGCCUCCUGGUCAGUGGGACUGAUGGUGGGGCUGGGUCAGACCAACUAUGUCUUUAGCUUGACUUUCUGUGGCCCCAAUAGGAUCAACCACUUCUUCUGUGACAUCCCCCCACUCCUGACGCUGGCUUGUGGUGACACCUCCAGAAAUGUAAUUGCUGUAUAUAUGGUAGCUCUUCUUUUUAUUACUGCCCCUUUCCUAUUGAUCCUUACCUCUUAUGUCUAUAUUGUCAUCUCUGUUUUGAAGAUGCCAUCAGCUGAGGGCCGUCAGAAAGCCUUCUCCACCUGUUCCUCUCACCUCAUUGUGGUUUCGCUCUUUUAUGGGUCAGGCAUUAUUACAUACCUUCGGCCCAAAUCCAGCUAUUCGGCCGAGAGCGACAAACUGUUGGCCCUGUUCUAUACAGUUGUGACAUCCAUGUUGAACCCCAUAAUUUACAGCCUGAGGAACAAGGAGGUUAAGGUGGCUCUGAGAAGAAUGAUGGGCAACCAAUUAUGCUACGGGGAAGAUCAAAAGUGAUUGUUAUUGGAAUGGUUCCUCAUCCUGUGACCUCCUGCACUUAUUCAUAUAAUCCUUCCUUGAAUAUUUUUUUUCGUGGGAAAAGCUAGUUAUCAACUACAUUUUUGUAUUUUUGUGCCUCUACUGAGACAAGAAUGUAAAUGUUGGUUAGUUGUUACUCCUUGGCAAGAGAAGUAAUCGGAAUGAUUGUAAUCUAGCUAUAAAAAUUAGGGCCCUUGUUCCUUUUUUGUCCACCAAAAAGUUUUUGUCUGCCAGUGUGUUUCUUACACCAAUCAAUUACAUAUACUUAUUUUGGCUACCUGGCAUUCCCCCCCAUCCAACAGAAGUUAGGGUUGGGGGUUAGGGUUUUAGGGUUAUUGAUCAAUGAUUGAGAGUUACCUCUGCAAAUUUAUGUACUCAUGCCAUAACCACAACAAGGAUAUCACACCAAUCGAUUAUGUCUGUAGUGGGCAAAAAUGUUUCGGACAUGAGAUUUUAACACUAGUGGUGGCAAAAAGGAACAAAAGCCCAAACUGGCACUCUAAGAGAAGGAUUUCAUCUGCUAUUAGUAACCUCAUAUGAGCUGUUCUAGGGAAAUUUUAAUGGUGGAUUUUUGAAACCCAUUUCUGUAAAUUGUUAAGUGGCUAAGCUAACAUCUGCACAGAUGUCAAUCAGUUGCAAAUCAGCAAAUGAACACCAGCCCUUGGGUCUAAAACAGGCAUAGAAAACCUAUAAACCUUGAGAAGUCUCUGAAUUACACCCAGUGGCCAACUCUGUGAGAUAAUGAGUUAUGAACUAUCUGGAGGCCCUGAGUUCUUUAUCCGUAUUCUAAAAUUAAUUGUGAAAUAGCAAAACCUUGGAAUGAUUAAUAAUCCUACCUCUAUGGACAAUUAUUCCUUGUUAAAAUGUAUGAUCCUCUCUCUUCAGUGCCCCUUCCGGUUAAAUUGUACAUUUUUGUGAGCAUUUUAUCUCAUGCUUUGCUGUCCAAUGGACAGGGUACAUUGUAGAGUAACAGGAUGUUCCUUUGUCCUCAGUAUUCAAAGUAGUUUAGCUGAAGGAAGAAACUUUCACUUCUGCUGGUUGUAUUAACUGACCUUUUAUUCAAUUAUUCUUAUUUUAUCUUGUAUCUCAUUUUAUUUCUAUGUUUUAGGUUAUGUAAGGCUGGUCAAUGACUGAAAGAAAGUACUUUGAUUCUUCUGCUUUGAUAAAUCUUUUCCCUUGUUCUACGGAAUGGAAGUGAAUAUUAAGUUUACACUCUCUAAAAGUGUUGUAGGCACACCCACACACAUACUGUCUUUCUCUUAGCUUUGUUCAAGUGGAGAUGAUAGUACAGGUAGUCCUUGCUUAACAACCACAAUAGGGACUGGAAAAUUCAUUUUUAAAGUGGGGCACCCAAUUUUAUGACCUUUUUU